AUGGAAUACGCCACUAUGUCUUCUUCGAACUCCACACAUAACUUUCAGAGAAAGAUUGCUCUUAUAGGAGCUAGAAAUGUCGGCAAAACCACAUUAACGGUUCGCUUCGUAGAAUCGCGGUUCGUUGAAUCCUAUUAUCCCACUAUUGAAAAUGAAUUUACCAGGAUAAUUCCUUAUAAAAGUCAUGACUGUACUCUGGAAAUUCUAGAUACUGCAGGCCAAGAUGAAGUUUCUCUAUUAAACAUUAAAUCGUUGACGGGCGUACGAGGCAUAAUACUGUGCUAUAGUAUAAUAAAUCGUGCUAGCUUUGAUCUUAUUCCCAUUCUCUGGGACAAGCUGGUAGAUCAGCUGGGUAAGGAUAACCUCCCGGUAAUACUUGUGGGUACCAAAGCUGAUUUGGGAAGGAGUACAAAAGGUGUAAAAAGGUGUGUCACGAAAGCUGAAGGAGAGAAACUAGCUUCGACAAUUGGCAGUCAAGAUAAGAGGAACCAGGCAGCAUUUAUAGAAUGCAGUGCCGAGUUAGAUUAUAAUGUUGAAGAAACUUUUAUGCUCCUUUUGAAACAAAUGGAACGUGUCGAAGGAACUCUGGGGCUUGAUGCCGAAAAUAAUAAUAAAUGUUCUAUAAUGUGA